GCCCCGCCCAGUUCCUUCCAUAUACCGCUGUCUAUGUCGUGACCGUCAGUCUCGUGACUCUGCCGUCCACUGCCAACAUGUUCUCUACUCUGCAGCUUACGCUAUUGUUGCUGGCCCUUGGCUUCUCACAGGGGCUGCAGCACAACUACAUUGACAAAUUCGACGAAGAGGCCGAGGCUGAGCGCGUUGUUGGGGCGUCAAAGUACGGGUCCCUGUGGCCUCUUCCGCAGAAAGUGAAAAUCUCAGAUAUUUCAUUCAAGUUAUCCAGCGCCAGCUUCAGGAUAUCCGACGCCAAAGAGUCAUCCGCCGGACCGGGCUGCAGCCUCCUGCAGACUGCGUACAGGAGGUAUUACGAGUACGUGUUUGGGAGCGCUAAACGGCAGGAGCUGAGUAAAAGCGGGCGAACAGGCCCCGCUGUGCUGCCGGAGCUGCAGGUGUGGGUCACAUCACCUGACUCUGAAUGUGACGGUUACCCAAGUGUUGCAUCGGACGAGUCAUAUGAGCUGACGGUGGAUCAGCCGUAUGCUGUCUUGAAAGCGCCGAAGGUCUGGGGAGCCUUGCAUGGUCUGGAAACGUUCAGCCAGUUGGUGUAUGAAGAUGAAUAUGGAGCUAAAAGCAUCAAUUCAACAACAAUCAGUGACUUCCCCAGAUUUGCACAUAGAGGCAUCUUACUGGACAGCUCUCGGCAUUUCCUGCCCAUUAAAGUCCUCUUGGCUAAUCUGGAAACAAUGGCAAUGAACAAAUUCAAUGUUUUCCACUGGCACAUCGUGGACGAUCAAUCCUUCCCAUACCUGAGCCGAACGUUCCCACAGCUGAGCCAGCAGGGAGCUUACCACCCGUACACGCAUGUGUAUACACCCGCUGACGUGAAGAUGGUGAUUGAAUUUGGCCGUCUGCGAGGCAUUCGUGUUAUCCCGGAGUUUGACACUCCGGGACACACGCAGUCUUGGGGCAAAGGCCAGAAAGAUCUGCUCACACCCUGUUACUCUGGCUCCAAACCCUCUGGCUCAUUCGGACCAGUGAACCCCAUCCUGAACACCACGUAUGACUUCAUGAGCCAGUUCUUCAAGGAGAUCAGCACCGUGUUCCCCGACGCCUACGUCCACCUGGGAGGGGACGAGGUGGACUUCAGCUGUUGGAAGUCCAACCCGGACAUUCAGAAGUUUAUGGCUCAGCAAGGUUUCGGACAAGACUUCAGCAAACUGGAAUCAUUCUAUAUUCAAAAACUCUUGAAUAUCGUCACCACGACCCAGAAGGGCUACAUCAUCUGGCAGGAGGUGUUUGACAAUGGUGUUAAGUUAAAGCCAGACACAGUAGUGCAUGUGUGGAUCGGCGGCGGGGCUAAUGAUGAGAUGAGCAAGGUCACGGCAGCAGGCUACACCACCAUCCUCUCUGCCCCGUGGUACCUAGAUUACAUUAGCUACGCACAGGACUGGCAGAAGUACUACAAGGUUGAGCCGCUCAGCUUCAACGGAACUGCAGAACAAAAGAAGCUUGUGAUUGGUGGAGAAGCCUGUUUGUGGGGGGAGUAUGUGGACGCCACCAACCUGACACCCAGACUCUGGCCUCGUGCCAGUGCUGUGGCGGAGCGUCUGUGGAGCGCCAUGGAUGUGACGGACGUCAAUGAUGCCUUCAACAGACUGUCUGUGCACCGCUGUCGCAUGGUGGCGCGUGGGAUCCCAGCUGAGCCACUGUUUUCCAGCUACUGUCCCCAAGAGUACAAAGGUAUCUGAAAAGAACUGACAGGCCGGCCAUGGGAACAGAAAAAGGAAAGGGAAGCGAAUUCGUAUACAAUCAACCCAAUACUUGUAUUUUAAACUGAAAAAUCAAAUGCCAAAUGCCUUUGUGGCAAUGUCACUGUACUGUACUGUACUUAUGCUCUUCGACGCAUCAUUCUUUACAAAUCUGCUCCACACAACUCUUGAUCUCAUCUAAUGUCAUAAAGCUGUUGAAUUUAUGAAUGCACUCUUUUUUUUAUGAAUGUUUGAUUAUAAAUAAAAUGUUGACAUUUUA